GAAAUUAGUGAGACGAUCUUUACUGCAAAGAAAAGGGUCAAUCAGACAAGAAUUGUAUUUCGUGUCUGCUACCAGGAUCUUUACUGCAAAGAAAAGGGUCAACCGACAAAGAAGCCACAAGUGUAUGCAGAAUAUUAUAAACAAGUGAUAAGGAUGGAGCCCCCUGCUGCUAACUCCUAUGACAAUAAUGAGGCUACAGUGGGUGUUGUGAGUGUGCCUGUACCCUCUGACUUCAGAGACCUCUCUCUCGAUCACUGUUCCCUGGGGGCGCUCUCUACGGAGUCCUUGUCUGACCCAGGAGUGUUAUCCAAGUACCAACUGAGUGUUGAGCAAGUGGACAGGUUCUGGAGAGACGGUUACUUGUCCAAUGUCCGUGUGCUGAGUGAGGAACAAUGUGAAAAGAUACUAGCAGAGUAUGAACCUUUCAUGGACCCUGGCCAGCUACACCCUGGACACGGAUUGUUCUAUGAGUUCCAUCGCAACCAGAGUGGGUCACCUGACAAUGUCCUCUUGCAUGCCCUCGGCCAGUGGAGGAUCUCUCCAGCCUUCCAUGACCUUUGCUUUCUACCCUCUAUUGCAAUCCCAGCCUCACAGCUGAUCCAUGAAUCGAAAAAACCAACUUCUAUUCGACUGUGGCAUGACCAGUUGUUUGCCAAGCCUCCUCAUCAUGGAGGAGUGGUCGCUUGGCAUCAAGACUAUUCCUAUUGGACACGGACCAAGCCAAUAUGUCACAUGACUGUUCACAUUGCACUGGACGAUCAGACAGUGGAGUCAGGUGGACUACACUUUGUACCCGGCUCACACCGUUGGCAAAGGAACGGAAUGCCCCUACCUAUCACAGACCCUAAGUUUGGAGAUAUGGAGUCUAUUUUCUCUGUGCUGAAUGAUAGUGAGAGAGAGGGUUUCAAACCAGUGCCCUCGGGACUCAAGCGAGGGGAGGCCAGCUUCCAUCACCCACUCACUGUACACGGUUCUUUUGCCAACAAAUCAGCGGGCCCAAGACGGUCAACUGUUGUAAACUACUUUGCUGACGGAGUGUGUUCAGACUCGGAUGAGCCCAUGAUGAAUGGAGUACCUCCCGUUGCUAAGGGUGAGAAAAUGGCUGGUCAGUUCUUUCCACUAGUGUUUGACCCAAGCUGCACACAACUAACAUAGAACUUAGUGUGUUUGUGUAUGCGUAUCUUUGUAUGUGUAUGUUGCAUGUUUUGUGUAUUUUUAUGAGCAAGAAUGUACUAUAUCUUGUGUUUUGGUAUUCUAUAUACUGUA